AUGGUGAAGAAUCACACAUGGGACGAAGCUGAUUUACCAAAAGUGAAGAAAGCUGUGAAAUCUCGAUGGAUAUUCACUAUAAAGUAUAAGAGUAAUGGGGAGAUAGAACGAUAUAAAGCCAGACUUGUAGCUAGAGGAUUCACUCAAACCUAUGGAGAAGACUACCUUGAGACAUUCGCACUAGUAGCCAAACUUCACACGAUGGAUGUGAAGAAUGCGUUCCUACAAGGAGAACUCGAGGAUGAUGUGUACAUGAGACCACCACCGGGUCUUGAAGACACUAUCGGACCUGGAAAGAUGUUCAAACUCAAGAAAGCCAUCUACGGUUUAAAACAAUCACCAAGGGCUUGGUAUCACAAACUAAGCUCAACACUUAUUGAUAAAGGCUUUAGAAGAUCAGAGGCUGAUCACACAUUGUUCACAUAUCCAAGCCAAAGAGGUAUUAUAGUCAUUCUCAUAUAUGUUGAUGAUAUUAUAAUCUCGGGGAAUGACAAGGUAGGCAUUCAAGAUACCAAACAGUACCUUAAAUCUGUAUUUGAUAUUAAAGAUCUUGGAGAACUAAAGUACUUUCUUGGGAUAGAAGUGUGUCGUUCUAAAGAAGGACUCUUUUUAUCAGAUGUAGGCAAGCUUGGAUCAAGACCGGUUGAAACACCACUCGAAGAAAACUACAAGUCAAACCGUAAGGGGGAGCAUGAUGAAGCUCUAUUCGAAGAUGUAAAACAGUAUCGACGAUUGGUAGGUAAGCUCAUUUAUCUCACCAUAACUCGACCUGAUAUAUGCUUUGCUGUGAACCAGGUAAGCCAGCAUAUGCAAAAGCCAACAGUAUAUCAUUGGGAGAUGGUGAGCCGCAUACUCAAGUAUCUCAAAGGAGCUCAUGGACAAGGCAUUUGGAUGGGAUGUAAUAGAAAUACGGAGCUUGUAGGAUACUGUGAUGCAGAUUAUGCUGGAGAUCGUGAAGAUAGACGUUCAACAAUGGGUUAUUGUACAUUUGAGGGAGGAAACCUUGUUACUUGGAAGAGUAAAAAGCAAAAAGUGGUCUCUCUCUCAAGUGCUGAAUCAGAAUACAGGGCAAUGAGGAAGCUCACUACCGAACUAAUGUGGCUCAAAGCCCUCUUGAAGGACCUAGGCGUCAACACCUCAAAACCGAUCACAAUGCACUGUGAUAAUGAAGCUGCCAUUCACAUUGCAACCAACUCAGUAUUUCAUGAAAGGACCAAACAUAUAGAGGUGGACUGUCAUAAAGUCAGGGAGCAAGUUCAACUUGGAGUGAUCUGA